AUGUCUGCAGACGCUCGCAACGCGUUCACCCAGGAGGACAAGCAGCUGCUCGCCGAGUUCCUGUCCAAGAUACCCGCACACAAGCGCGCGGCACUUGGCACUUUCAAGGAGUUCGCCAAACGCUAUCCGCACCACAGCGACCAAUCAUGGCACACGCACUACAGGAAGACGGGGCGGGAGGACAUCGACAGGCGGAUUGAGCGAAUCAAGAGGCAAAGGCAGCGCGAGAAGGAGGACGCGAAGAAGCGGGCGGCGGAACCGCCCCAAGCGAGCGGCUCGAAUGGCGUGGCGCAGCGCGAUGGAAAGGGAAAAGGGAAGGCUGUCGCGCGGGAGGACGAAGAAGCAGACGCAGAGGAGGAAGAAGAGGAGGUGGAGGAAGAUCAGCUGGAUGAGGAGAACGUCGUGGUUGAUGACCUUCCGCCCAACGCCUCCUCGUCAAAAGCUCGUCCAACCUCUGCCGGACCAUCUCCCAAACCCGCUGAGGCGCCGCCAAAGAAGAAGCGAUCUCGCUCGCCAAUUUCCUCCUCCGACGACUCUUCCGCCGAUGAGCGUUCGUAUCGCAAGAAGCCGAAGAAGCGCGUUGCGUUCGACGAUGACGAUUUCGAGACGCUCGUCAUCAUGCUCGACAAGGCGCACCGCAACGAGUGGACACGGCAACGGAUGUACCAGAAGCUUGAGCAAGAGUGUCCCGCCCAUACCGCUGCGUCGUGGCAGACGUAUCAUUCGAAUAACCGCGCUGCCGCUGACAAAGCCCUCAAGAAGCUGCGCAAAGGGUUGAAGCGCAAAGCCGAGGAAAAGAAGGCCGAGAAGUCGAAGCCUGCGACGAUCGACAUGGACGUCGACGAGGAUGAGGCGACGGUGGACGAGGACGAGAAGGAGCGACGUCGACGGGACAAGGGCAAGGGUAAGGCGCGCGACGUUGAGUCACAGCCCCGCAACGGUCAAGGUCGACUCUCGCAGGCUUCUUUCAACUCGGCACCUUCGAAACGACCGGCGUCAAGACCGGCAGCCGACGAGCCUUCAUCCGCCUCGUCGUCUGACGCCGGCGCCAAGUCAGCCGCAGCGAAGAUCAAAAGCAGCUCGAAGGGUCGCUCGAGCACGACUGCGUCUCCUCAGAAAGUCGCAACGAACGGCCAGGUCGAACCGCCGUUCACGGAAGAGGACGACGCCCGCCUGGUCCAGCAUCUCGCGAGCGGCAUGAUGAACAACCGCGACCAGGCUUUCGUGUGGAAGGAGCUUGCUCGCGUGCAACCCGCCCAUCCCGCCUCGUCCUGGCAAGCCCGCUUCUCGUCCGACAUGAGCGGCUUCCUCCUCCGCGUCACCGACAAGAUCCGUAUCGCCGAGAAGGCGCGACAGAGGAAGGCCGAGCUAGAGGAGGAGAAGCGAGCGGCUGAGGCGGAGGAAGCUUGGAGGCGCGAGGAGGAAGAGGCGGAACGGCGGAAGAAGAGGGACGAGGAGGCGCGGCAGGCGGAGAUGCGCGCGGAGCAGGAGCGGAUAGCGCGCGAGACCGAGGAGCAGGAGCGUCUUGAUCGCGAGGCGGAGGAGCAGGAACGACUGGAGCGCGAGGCGGAAGAGGAAGAACGGUUGCGCCGCGAGGCUGAGGCGGCGGCAGCGGCGAAGAGGAAGGCCGAGAUGCAAGGAUGGCGGGAGAAGCAGGUCGAAACGGAGGGGCAGGCUGCCCGCGACCACAAGACGGUAAACACACCCGCGGUCGCCGAACGUGUCAAGCUUGCUACGCCUCGACCAUCGCCGCCAGGAUCUGCAACCCGUCCUGCCCGAGCGGUGGAAGCCGCCGAACACGCCGCCGGACUCGGACUCGCCACGGCAGCGCAAGGCGCAGUCGAAGCUGCGGCUUCCGCUCACGUCGACGAGGCUCCCGCGGCGAGUAACCAGCAGCCUUCCGCUGCUCUCGAGGAGACUCUCGACCAUGCGGAGGUGUAUCAGGAGCAGCUCGAAUCCGUUCCGAGCUCACUCGCCCUGCCCCGGCUCUCCCAGUACUCGGUGAUGCCCUCGCCAUUCCUUCAAGGCGACGAAGGGCGAGAGUACGACUAUGUCGAGGAGGACGAGGACGACCGCGACCUCGACCGCGAACUCGCACGGCAGAUCAAGGCGGAGGAAGAAGAGUUGGGCUUAGCCGGCGAGCCGCAGGCCUACACCGAAGCGGAGCUCGCGGUUUGUAUUGACGAAGCGCUCGGCGAGACCGGCGACUCCGACUACUCCGAUGACGACGAAGCGCCAGUGUGGAAUCAGCUCGACGCCGCUGAGGCGGGCUUCAUCGAGGACUUGCAUGCGCAGGUGGCCAUGCUGCAGCAGGGCUUCACCGCCCCUCGACUGAACGAUCAGGAGCCAGGUCCAAGGGAGCGCGAAACCGGACCCGCCGUGGCGCCGGAGGUCGGCCAGCUCCAAGAGACCGUCGUCGUCGAGGAGACGGUCGAGACGGUCGAGGAGGCGAAAAUCGAGCAGCCUCCUUCGCCGCCAGCCCGCCAACCCUUCGCGUUCCCGCCCAGUCCACAGCUUCCGCGCGCACAGCAGCCCGUCGGCCAUAGCCUCUCGGACGCUUUGGCACCAGGCUCGACAGCGGAGCACGGUAUGCGCGGGUCGGGAAAGAAGCUGCAGCGCCUCCCCUCUCCUUCGGCCGUCAAUCAGGAGCUAGUCCAGCCGCGUCGCCUCCCGGCCGCGCCACUGUCUGGCCCUCUCCAAGGUGCCGCUGAAGCGACGCCGACGACACGCCGCCGGAUCCCUCGCGCCUCUCUCGCCGCAUCGACUCCUUCGGUGGCCGGCUCUCCAGCGCCAGCAGCUGCACCGGCGUCCACUCAACUCGCCGCGGCGCCCGUACAGCCCGCUCGGUCUACCCCUGCACCGGUCGCAGCGCCCGCCCCACCCGCUUCCUCAGCUCGAGACCGUCCACCGCUGAAGGAAGUGCUCGAAUCGAUUGCGGCCGACUACCACCUCUCGUUCAACCGCGUUCGUAACCUUUUUUACUGUUUCUCCGCCCUGAACGACUUUACGACCUUUCGCGAGAUCGCAUCGUUCUUCUCCGAGCCGUUCAAGCCGGAUGAAGGCUCAGUCGAGUACACGCAGGCGAAGCGGGCGGUCGAGCGGUACCUCUGGUCGAUGAGGGAAGACGAGAUCGUGCUCGAAGGGACGGAGGCGGCGAGGAAACGGAUCGAGGAGAAGAAGGGCAAGGGAGCGGUUGCGCGGAGAAGGCAGUUCUUGAACAAGGCGCGUGUGAAGCAGGUGUCGGAUUUGGCGAGGGACAGGUACUCUGCUUGA